AUGGCUCAAGUUAUAGUCCUGAUUGUGUCAGCCCAUGAGGCCCCACUCAACAGUAGCGAGGAUGAAAAUUAUAGCAAAGCUGUUGUUUGUCAGGCGUUCCCUCCGGCUUCUCUUCAGGGUGACCUCAUCCCUUUGUUUCUCCUCGGCUGCCACCCGUCGGCCGCUCCCUGCGCCCCCACUCCGGACUCCGGGCCGGGCUGCGGGCGGGGCCUGGCCGCCGGGACCCAGGGACCGCAGGGAGCACAGGGCGUGGCUCUGGCUCGGAGAACAAAAGCAUCCGCCGGUGCCCCAGGCCUUUGCAAGGUAGAGCAGCCGCGAGGCACGAGGGGCGCGCUCCCUCCUUCGCCCUUCAUUAGUCUGUCGGCCUUCACCUUCCGCCCGCAGCAGCAGCAGCAACUUGCUUCCAGGGACGGAGCCCUCAGUCACGUCAAGGUUACACAGCGGGUUGAAAAAAAUGAUGAAGACCAAAAGAUCGAACAAGAUGGCAUCAAACCAGAGGAUAAAGCUCAUAAGGCUGCCACCAAAAUUCAGGCUAGCUUCCGUGGACACAUAACAAGGAAAAAGCUCAAAGGAGAGAAGAAGGGUGAUGCCCAAGCUGCUGAGGCUGAAGCGAAUGAGAAGAAGGAUGAAGCCCCUGUUGCUGAUGGUGUGGAGAAGAAGGAGGGAGAAGGUCCCUCUACCACUGAAGCGGCCCCAGCCACUGGCCCCAAGCCUGAGGAGACCGGCAAAGCAGGCGAAACUCCUUCUGAGGAGAAGAAGGGGGAGGGCGCCCCUGAUACUGCCACAGAGCAAGCAGCCCCCCAGGCUGCUGCCCCCUCAGAGGAGAAGGCCGGCUCUGCUGAGACAGAAAGUGCCACUAAAGCUUCCACUGACAACUCGCCGUCCUCCAAGGCCGAAGACGCCCCAGCCAAGGAGGAACCUAAACAAGCCGACGUGCCUGCUGCUGUCACUGCUGCUGCUGCUGCCACCACCCCUGCUGCAGAGGAUGUUGCUGCCAAGGCAACAGCCCAGCCUCCAACGGAGACUGCUGAGAGCAGCCAAGCCGAGGAGAAGAUAGAAGCUGUAGAUGAAACCAAACCUAAGGAAAGUGCCCGGCAGGAUGAGCGUAAAGAAGAACGUGAGGCGGACCAAGAACAUGCCUGAACUUUAAGAAAUGGCUUUCCACGUCCCCACCCUCCCCUCUCCUGAACCCUGUCUCUCCCUACCCUCUUCUCAACUCUGCUCUGAAGUUUCCCUUCCUGUCCUGCUCACGUCUGUGAGUCUGUCCUUUCCUACCCACUAGCCCUCUUUCUCUCUGUGUGGCAAACAUUUAAAAAAAAAAAAAAAGCAGGAAAGAUCCCAAGUCAAACAGUGUGGCUUAAACAUUUUUUGUUUCUUGGUGUUGUUAUGGCAAGUUUUUGGUAAUGAUGAUCCAAUCAUUUUGGGAAAUUCUUGCACUGUAUCCAAGUUUUUUGAUCUGGUGCGUGUGGCCCUGUGGGAGUCCACUUU